AUGUCAUGCGCCUUAACAAAUUUGACAUUUUUAAAAGUUGUCGGUUAAUUCUUCUCUACGAUAUUAUCUGUUGAGGAACAAAGAUUUUGUGUUAAAACAGCUUGGAAUUCUUUAACUAAUCUUCAGAAGUUGUGAUUAGCGUUGAACUCGAAGUUUAAGAAUGAAUGCCAAAGGGGAUGUAAACUACACCAUUGAACAAAUUCGCAAUUUCUGGCCUGAUUUACCAUUUAAUACAGAAGACAUCACUCAAGGACGACCCGACUUCAUUAUUCGCUUUUCGACCAACUUUGUUGCUGAAAUAAAUGACAAAAUUUCAUAUCUGUGCCUCGAGGAAAACGUAGGAGAUGAGCACCCAGAAAAUCCAGAGUAUGAUAAACGGGUUACUUUGUAUUGUAAAGUUAACAGAAUUUUUAAAAAGAUGGGAUACAUUUCUAUUAAUUUGGUCGAUUUUUAUGUUCAAAAUCCUAAAAAAAUGUAUCCAGUUGUAAAAUGUGCCAUUCAUUUUGUUAUUUACUUAAACAACUAUUUGGAUAAUAUUUUUGGUAUUGUAUAUGAGCAUUUAAACAAGCUGGUUGAACAUGAUAACUGCAAGAUAUUGAAACAACGAAUCUUGUCAGAGAAUGCAGAAGAUGCUGAACAUCUUGCACGAUUUAUGGAUAUUUACAACGCAUUGGAGGCAAAAUUAGAAGAAGUGAAAAAGAGUAAUGAAAAAAUUGAUAAGGUUGCGGCAGAAAAAAUGUUUUUAGAAGAAACGUCCGAGUUAAAUCUUCUACAAAAUGAAGUGGAAAAUCUCGAAUAUGAGCUUAAACUACUAGAAGACAAAGAGGAAGAUUUGAAAGAAUGCAUUGUAACAGAUACCGAUUUUGAAAACAUGAUAAAAACAGAAAAAAUAUUGGAACUUGAACAGGCAGAGCUAUGUGGCGAUGAAUUUCACAUCGACGACGGUAUAGAGAAACAAAGGGAAAAUGCAAAAGAACUUGAAACUUACGCUCAAAAGUUACAAGCUUUGAAUUUCGAUUCGUUGGAUGCCAAUUCUUUGUUAAUACACAGGGAGCAGUUUACUUAUAAUAAAAAACACUUGAAAGAACUUAAUGAUGAACUAUGUUCUUUGAUUGAUGUUUCAGAGACGAAAAGAAAAUGGGUUGGAGGACUUCAAGAUUCAGUGGAGAAAGCUCAAGCACGUAUCAAAGAUGUGGAAAACAAAUAUUCAUUGAAUGCUGAAAAGGAACAUAAUUAUUUAAAAGAAAAAACCCUACAAUUUUCCGUCAAACUUGAAGAAUGUCAAAAAUUGGAAUCGCAAAAGAUUGACCUCAACGAAGAAAUAAACCUUAUAGAAACUAAUGAACGUAUUUUAAGAGACACUGUUGCGGAUGAAUAUCGAAAAAUUCUCAAUGAAGACAAAGCGACUACAAAUCAAUUUCACAAUUGGCUGUUACAUAUUAUUAAAAGGUGUAAUCCUCAUGGUUAAUAUUUAAAAGGAUUUUUUUUAAUGAAAUGUAUUUGAAAUUAAUAAAAAUAAAAGUUUUCUAAUAACUUUUAAA